ACAUUUUUAGGCGGCUAUCCAACGAUCAAAUUUAAGACCUGAUUUCCGCUCGAAGGGAAUUUUACUUAUUUACAGGCGAGAAUAUUCGUUUCUUCAUAGCAUGUACACUGAUGACGAUGUUCAACCCGAAGUGGCAAUAUUUGAAAUGUUUAAGAGUCAAGAUACUGGUCUUCUACCAAUCGACAAUUUCUUAUGCGCUUUAAAAGCCACAGGUAUUCGCGAAGACGACCCAAGAUUAAAAACAACAUUUGAAAUGUUGAAACCAACCAACAAAAGUAACGAAAAUCAAGAAUUAAAUUUAGAAAAUUUUACGAGCAUUGUAUCGCCUAGCAUAGGCCUGUUAUCGCGGGCAUUUAUAGAUCAAUGUAUCGUUCCUGAAUUUCAAGAUUUUUGCAAUGAUAUAGAUGAGAUCUACUGGAAAUGCAAGGACAACCAAAGUGGGACUGUAAGAUUUUUGACUCUGAUAACUUUUUUGACUUUUUCUAAGAUAUGGACAUCCAGCAUCAAAAAUUAA